GAUCAGGUUCGCGUUUGCUUUAUUUUCUCUUCGACGACAUAGUUUUUUUUCCGACCACGGCCGGCAUCUAGACUUAUGUCUGUGCGGUGCCUUUCUCUCUCAUAUGGUAGGUCUAGAUCAUCCUUGAAGAUAUUUUGCAAUAUUCUUACAACAUACAGUCUGUUCCUGUUGUUUUUGAUUUCGUAUAUCCCAUAUUGUCCUGGUUCUGCUGGACGAAACGACAAAAAGUAGACGAGCGCCUCUUUCUCCGGUAUAUCAUGUGGCUCCACGGCACUCUCCAGGUACGGAUAUGCAUGGCAAAAGUAUUGCGCUCGUGCAAUUCAUUUAUCUGACAAAUCUUCUGCCCCCUUACCGAAAUCAGUACUGAAAAGAUGACUAAAGAACAAGUGCAACUUUACUACACUAGAACUAUCUAGUGCCAUACUUUUGCACUGCAUAGAGGAACCUGAAGUCGCUCCCCAUCUACGUAGAAAAAGAUCCUGUGCCUGUGCGCGAGUGGAUGACCAAGCGGAAGAUGAACCGCUUAAAAGCCGACCUGGAAUUUACGAGCUUUUCCGAUGACCGCUCGACGGAACCCCAGCAUGUCCCAUACGAGAUGGGAUAUUCCACUGCGCACCCACUGUUUGGGAAAAUGGGUGCAUUGCAAAGGCGCGACCCCUUGCGGUACGAUAUUUCAUCAUAAUUUGUUAGACGCGAAGAGGAUAGCGAUCGCAUCGAUAGAUAAUAAGUACUGUAGCUAGAUCGCGGUUUAUUUCCACAUCAGCAAUUUAAACUUUAACUUUCAAAAUUCACAGCCUCGCGGAGCGAUACGAGAUGGUGGAGCACGGCGAACGAGUAGUAGAAAUCCUGCGGUAUGUGUACCUUGGCCGCAUAGAUUACCUGUGGAUGGAGCCACAGGGAGCGGAAGCCAAGAAGACGCUGAUGGAGUAUGAACUGCAAAAGUAUCGUACUCGUAUAAAUGCAUUACAAAUUUUCUCAGCAUGAGAGAGAAAAUUUGUAAUGCAGAUUUCCCUUAAGAUAAAGACUUGUAUAUGCAAGCCUUGCAUUUAUACGAGUGCGAUACUUUUGCACAGGAUAUGGAGAACAUGCUUGCGAUGCUGUUCUGUGCCGCCAAGUUUGCGAUGGACGACCUCUUCUACGUUCUAAUCAAGGUAUAGAGAUUAUAUGGUCUAUAUCAAUCUUCUUCAUCUUCUUGAAGAACUCGUGGAGGCGGAAGACAAGAGCGCAGCAUACGCAUACAGAAUAUAGGUUUAGUUGAUAUUAUUGUCCUUAUUCGUUUCCUCGCGCUUGUUUUCAUUUUCAAAGAUCGCUGUACAUGUCGUGACAAGGAGGCUGCGAUCGUUCUAAUCUCUCGGCUAAAACAAGUGCCAGCUUUCAAGCGGCCGGAAGAGUUUUUGAAGUACGCCCAAGCUACCCAUCCUCUGACGGCUGUUCUUUAUCUCGUCAAAUAGUGAAACUGGUUUGAGCAGCAGCAGGGUGUUGAGUUUGCGUUCAAUAGUCAACAUACAUCUUCAUGGUUCUGGUUGUUUUUGACAGUACAACUGAAAAAAUUGCAGUGGUUUCCGCUGAAGUGCCAGGUGGUGUGCGGCGACGACAACUUUACGGAGUCCUUUUACAAGAUUGAGUACUACUUGCGAAACGCGGUGCAGGAGCCGUUGUUUCAGAAGGACAUGCUGCACGCCCUGCUGCAGAUGGGAAGCAGCCGCAACUACCUGAUGUUGAUCUCCUGGGACCAGCGCUGGAAUUCGCUCGAAUCGAGCUUCUUGUCCACCUUUCUGGACCAAGAUGACCUGGCCAUCGUGAACGAGGGAGAGUUGCUGCUCAUCAUCGAGCGCUGGAACGCCAACCGCGACAAGAGCACUCACGAUGUUUUGCAGGUACGGCUAAGUUGUUGUAGGAGUGGCAGGGACUGACAAGGUGGACAAGUCAGCUCAAAACCCAACGAACGUGCUUUUCUAUCAGAAAGCUUUUCUAUCAGAAAUGAUAGAAAAGCACGUUCGUUGGGUUUUGGGUGUAAGUAGUCGAUUCAUUUUUUUAUACUGUAGCGAUCAUCGCGAUUCCGACCCCCUUCGCCAUCUUUAUCGUGGCUCGCCAACUUCAAGUGUAUUCUGGCUGGCGAUUUAUUUCUUGAGGUUACUGCGCGAUGACGAUGUAUGGAUGUUGGUGUUCUUUAUCUAAAGAUAAAGUAAGGCCUUACAAGAUCAAGAACGGUCGCGCAAGACGUGAUGCUUUGUUCUCGUGUAUCAUCGGCAUGGUGGUCAGGCAGCAUCAACGGCCCGCCCAAACGGAGUUUGUAAAUUUGUAGCUACACUUCACGGCAAAGUAAAUCGAUACCCGGAAGCGAAUCGUGGACCACUUCCUUUCACUUCCAGGUGUGCCAAUGUUACCGGCAAACAAGUCAAAACAUUGAUGCGCUGGUGCAGUUUCUGUUGGCGACCAGCAUUGUGAAGGAAGAGACCGGCGUAAAGGUUGGCGACGCAACUUCCCGGGAACAACGCGCUCUGAAGCUCGUCUUCAAGGUGUUGAAGCCCAACAACAAACCUGUGCGACACUACAGAACCUCAAAGAAGGAGCAGAAGCAGCUGGACCAACGUAUGACGGCAAAGGAAGUGAAAAAAAAGCAGGAGGAGUUGAAAAAACAACAGGAGCAACAGCAGCAAGACGACGAAGAUCUCGGUACCAACAUGCGCACCGUCAUGAUUUUCGGAUUGAUUUUGAUGAGAGAAGAACAAUCUAUCAAUGCGAAGAAGUUGUUCAAGUAGUAGUGCACGAUUGUUUCCUGAUGUUUUUGUUGAGUUCUGUGUGUCUGAGCUGGACCAGGAGUUGUAACAUCAGAAGUGUCGCACGGUCAACGUAAACUUCUGUACUCGCAUAGUAGAAAAAAAAUGAAUGUAUAGAUACGAAGAAUAUUAAAUGUGGAAAAACCAAUGAAUAUCUUAUCAACUUCGGCUCUGCAGAUCAAUUCUUGCUAGUGCGGAAGGAGGACGAGGAGCACAGUUGGGUAAUGAAAAAGGCUCUAGCUUUUUCUUUGAAGCCGUUUGACUCCUUGUUGCAGAAACGCACUAUCCAGUGGCCGGGCAAUUACCGUAUGCGGAUUGCCUUCACACAGAAGCUGCAGCACUUGUGGGAGCGGCACCACGAGGUGUACAUCGGGAUCUUGUAUGGGCAGAAUAAGUUUUUCGGGUACCUGUGUGGCGUGUCUCCCUUCCUCGGUGUGUACGAGAUCCGGAACGUGUCCGGUGUCUGCCAGCGCCCGGAACAGGCGGCGUUUCUGACGGGUAGCGGCAACAAGCUCGAGCUGGACUUCGACGUUACCAUCGGUAUGCCGCUCGUCAACAAACUUCACACGACGCAGUGCCAAAUCUGUGCUGCGCAAAACACCGUGAUAGCGUGCGACGACGUGCAGUGGACUGCCGAGACGCUCGCGCAGGGCGUGCGGUUCCAGAUUAUCCCCAUUGGGCUCGAAAUCGGGGACGAAGUCGACUGCCGCAUUACCUGGGUGGCAAACGGUUCGACGUCUGCGAAGGGGGAGGAACUGUGACCGGUGGAAAGCAGUUUCUUCUCGAGGAGUGAUAGCAUCGCUAUUUUAAAAUUGAAAUCCACUUUUAGUUCUCUCUGAAAAUCACAUCCACUUUAAUCUGAGUAAAUGGACUCUGCAACCUCGUUGUGUUUGCAUUUGCAGUUGAUUUUCUCUAUCAACUUCCGUGUUUGCUAGGAUACUGAUACACCUGUAUGCACAACGGACAGGUUCAGGCCGCAACGCGUAGAUUUGAAUAUGAACAAUGGAAAACCUUGAGUUUCGUUUUUUGCGUUGUACUUAGAAUAUAAUUUUUAUGAAUAAAACUAUGUUGGCAGGAGCUGCAGGGCAGGACUCCGGGCUACAGCUGUUUCACUUGUAUCAAAGUAGAAGUACUAAAAAGAAGCUUUGACUUGUUGAAGACUUGUUUGAUUGGACAUUGUACAUAAUUGAUUCGCUCAUUUGCGAGCGGAAAGCCACUGUAUAAUAUAUGAAAAAUUGACCAGGACUGUAAAAAAUUGACCUAUUGACUCACCUGUAAAUUAGUUUUUCGUGACGAGACUGAGGAAGCUGGCAAGCGAGGGUCGCCACCACUGCAUCUCUGUAUCGUCGUUUUGGCACUAGAACCUUUACCUGCACAACUUUUUUGUUUCGAGUAUAUUUAUCGUGUAAAAUUGAAUCACUUCAGCUUCUUGCUGACGGUACGUAGCGCUCGAGGAGUGAUGCGACGAUGCACGACCGACCUCAGUUUUUUGUACGCAAAAA